AUGAUACCCGUGAAUAACGUUUCAAGUUCCUCGAUCUUGAUCGAGAACAACAAGCCGAGUUCCAUGGUGGCCAUGAACAAUGUUGGAAGUUCCUUGAACCGUCCAAGUUCCAUGAUGGCCACGAACAACGUUGCAAGUUCCUGGAUUUUGAAGAACUACAAUCCAACUUCCUUGAUUGCCAUGAAAGAUUAUCCAAGUUCCUUGAAAAACAAGAACAAUCCAAGUUUCGUGAUGCCAGCCAUGAACAAAUUUCCGAGUUCCCCGAUCUUCGACAACAGCAAUCAAAGUUCCGUGAUGGCCAUGAACAACAACGACAGGAAGAGGAAAGCAUGCGAAGUCGAGAUCAAGAAAAUGGAAAACGUUGUUGGCAAGAGACAAGUUACGUUUUCUGAGCGACUAAAGGUGUUGUUCAAAGAGGCUAGCGAGCUUUGCAUAACGACCGGUGCGGAAUUAGGGAUAGUAAUCCAAACCGAACUGAACCGUUUUUACACGUUUGGACAUCCUAGUAUCGACGAUGUGACCGACCGUUGCAUGAACGGAUCGUCGGCCACAUCUUCAAACACUACCAACAGCACGAUCGCCGCGGUUCAGAUGAGGGAACACGAGAUGGAGUAUGAUCGGCUUGUGAUGAAGUUGGAGGAGGAGAAGAAGAAAGUAGAGCAAAUGGAAAAGGCGAACCCUAAUAAUGCUUUGUGGUGGGAGGAACCGAUAGAUCAUAUGGGAUUGGAGGAGCUUGAGGUGUUUGCUUCUGCUUUGGAAAAGUUGUCGAAAAAUGUGGAAACUAAGGUUACUGAAUUGGAUGUAUUAAAAAAACAAUCUAACUCCAUUAAUCCUUGUGACGAUGAUGAUUAUAUUUACGGUGGAUUGGGAGAUCUCCCUUUGGUCCUUUCCUCCAAAUCCAUCAAUCCUUUUGGUUAUAACAUCUAUGAAAGCUUGGCUAAAGCAAUGGGUGCUGGUGUUCCUUAUGAUGAUGAUUUCAUUUACACCGGAAAUAAUAAUCUUGAGGAAUAUUUCCCUUCCUUUCUGAAACAACUCCAAUGA